UUUCCAUUACAAGGAGAGAAGCCAAGGUAAUUUUCACGCAGAGGAAGAAUGAUGUAGCUCCCUUGAAACUUUUUGGUACACUUAACAGGUCCCCCGUUGUGCUCAGCUGCCUGUCAGGAAGACUGUGGUGAGAAUGAAGGAGACUGGGAGGUUCCACUUACCUCUUCGCUUCUGCCUGCGAGAUCAGCCUUUCCAAGUAGGGCAGCUGUUCUGUGUAGUGGUGGACCCCCAGGGGCAGGACACAUUCUAGAAGGAAAUGGAUGCAAGCAGCUCUGGAGGCCCCAAACGCACGUGUCCUGCGGUCUAGGCCAGGGAAGCCCUUCGGCACCGGCCCUGGCAUUUCUGAGAUGCCACUGGUACUGGACGCAUGGCCCAUUCCUGAAUGAGGAUGCUUCGCCGAGGGCUGCUCGCGUGGGUCUCUCGGCUGGUGAUUUUGUUGGUGCUGCUCUGCUGCGUGAUCUCUGUGCUCUACAUGUUGGCCUGCACGCCGAGGGGCGACGAGGAGCAGCCGGCGCUGCCCAGGGCCAACGGCCCCACGGGGAAGGAGGGGUACCAGGCGGUCCUGCAGGAGUGGGAGGAACAGCACCGCAACUACGUGAGCAGCCUGAAGCAGCAGAUCGCGCAGCUCAAGGAGGAGCUGCAGGAGAGGGGCGAGCAGCUCAGGAACGGACAGGACCAGGCCAGCGACCCCGCCGGCCUGGGGCUGGACCACAGCCCCCCAGAGAAAAGCCAGGCGGACCUCCUGGCCUUCCUGCACUCGCAGGUGGACAAGGCGGAGGUGCACAGCGGGGUCAAGCUGGCCACCGAGUACGCCGCGGUGCCUUUCGACAGCUUUACCCUGCAGAAGGUGUACCAGCUGGAGACGGGCCUGACACGACACCCCGAGGAGAAGCCAGUGAGGAAGGACAAGCGGGACGAGUUGGUGGAAGCCAUCGAAUCGGCCCUGGAGACCCUGAACAGCCCUUCCGAGAGCAGCCCCAACCAGCGCCCCUACACGGCCUCUGAUUUCAUAGAAGGGAUCUACCGAACAGAAAGGGACAAGGGCACUUUGUAUGAGCUCACCUUCAAAGGAGACCACAAACACGAAUUCAAACGACUUGUCUUGUUCCGACCGUUUGGCCCCAUCAUGAAAGUGAAAAAAGAAAGACUCGACAUGGCCAACACUCUUAUCAACGUGAUCGUGCCGCUAGCAAAAAGGGUGGACAAGUUCCGGCAGUUCAUGCAGAAUUUCAGGGAGAUGUGCAUCCAGCAGGAUGGGAGGGUUCAUCUCACCGUUGUUUACUUUGGGAAAGAAGAAAUGAAUGAAGUCAAAGGAAUACUUGAAAACACCUCCAAAGCUGCCAACUUUAGGAACUUCACCUUCAUCCCACUGAACGGAGAAUUUUCUCGGGGAAAAGGACUGGAUGUCGGAGCCCGCUUCUGGAAGGGAAGCAACGUCCUCCUCUUUUUCUGUGACGUCGAUAUCUACUUUACCUCUGAGUUUCUUAACACGUGUAGGCUGAACACGCAGCCAGGGAAGAAGGUCUUUUAUCCGGUCCUUUUCAGUCAGUACAAUCCCGGCAUAAUAUAUGGCCAUCACGAGGCAGUCCCCCCCUUGGAACAGCAGCUGGUCAUAAAGAAAGAAACUGGAUUUUGGAGAGAUUUUGGAUUUGGGAUGACAUGUCAAUAUCGGUCGGACUUCAUCAACAUAGGUGGGUUUGAUCUGGACAUCAAAGGCUGGGGCGGAGAGGACGUCCACCUUUACCGCAAGUAUCUCCACAGCAACCUCAUAGUGGUGCGGACGCCGGUGCGGGGCCUCUUCCACCUCUGGCACGAGAAGCGCUGUAUGGACGAGCUGACCCCUGAGCAGUACAAGAUGUGCAUGCAGUCCAAGGCCAUGAACGAGGCAUCCCACGGACAGCUGGGGAUGCUGGUCUUCAGGCACGAGAUAGAGGCCCACCUUCGCAAACAGAAACAGAAGAGUAGCAAAAAGACAUGAACUCCCAGGGAUGGAGUUGGCGAGAUAUUCAUCCCUCUUCUUUCCUUUUGCAAUUACUGAAGGAGUGGCUGCAACAAGGAAAAAGACUUCCAAGAAGGGCGAAAAAAGAAUUUGACUG